AAUUGUGAAGCCCAUUUAAAAUUGACCCAAUAAAAGGAGCCCACGUAGCUCUCACUUAAGCUGGAGUCGAAAUUCAGCCAUGGCGGAAUUGAAAUGAAAUGGAGGAAAACGAAGAAAAUAGAGUUGUAGCCAACGGCGUAAUUCAAGGUUACUGGUUUUGGGCUGGCGCCAGCGCCGUCCAAUUUCGGUGGGGCGUGGCCGCCUUGAAAAGGGGAUACGCCGGCAAUGGCAACCUCAUGCCUUUGAAGGCCUUCGCCGUGGCAACCCUCUUCGUCGGCGCCUCCGCCUCCGCCGCAGUAGCAACGCUCCAGCUCUCAGGAAUCCGAUCUGUGGAAGACCUCAAGAGUGUAGGCGCAAGUAUAAAGAGUGCAUGCAAGAGCCCGAGAUGAAUCUCUACCUAUUGUUAUCAUCAUAAGCAAUAAAAGUAGAAGUUUCUGAUGAAAAUGUUUGUCUCUUUUUAAGCCCCUAUCGCCUAAUAUCAAGCACACGACUCUUAUUCUAUAUCAAUUAUUCAGCACUUGUUGUACCCAAAAAAAUGGUUCCACUCAAAUGAUCAAUUCAAGAUGAUAAAUUUGGGAGAUUGAA